AAAUUUUUUUUGAUAUUUCUUGAAAAGGAUAAGUAAGCAAUUGUAACUAAUUGGUGAGCAAUUAUGGGCAAUUAAAAAGCGAUUUUUUGAGUUAUGUUAAUAUUGGUUAAUAUGAUGAGCCAACUUCACACGGGUGUUAUAUUCACAGUUGCCAAUUGGGUACCCGAUUGCUCCACGAAUGGAAGUGAGAUUGCUGUGAAUUUAUAAAUUUUGUUGUCAUAUUUUCUGCAUUGAACUCUUUUAUGCACUAAAAAGUGAAUGAAAUGCCACCCAAAAAGGCACCUGCUCCCAGCAAAAAAGCGGACCAGAAGAAAAAGGAGAAAGUUAUUGAGGAUAAAACUUUUGGUAUAAAAAAUAAAAAAGGUGCUAAACAACAAAAGUUUAUUCAGCAAGUAGAGAAACAGGUAAAAUCAGGUGGUGUAAAUCCACGAAAAUUAGAUGAUCCUAAUGUUAAAAAACUUGAAAAAGAGAAGAAAUUGAAGGAGCAGAAAGAAUUAGCUCUCAUAUUUAAGCCUGUCCAAGCACAAAAGAUAGAUAAAGGAAUUGAUCCCAAAUCGGUAGUAUGCGCAUUCUUCAAGCAAGGACAAUGUACAAAAGGAGACAAGUGCAAGUUUUCACACGAUUUAAGUGUAGAAAGAAAAGCUGAAAAACGUUCAUUGUAUUGUGAUAUGAGAGAUGACGAUAAAGAAACUGAUACUAUGGAUAAGUGGGAUGAAGAUAAGUUGAAAGAAGUUGUAGAAAAGAAACAUGGUGGUGGUAAUCGUCCAACUACCGAUAUUAUUUGUAAACAUUUUCUGGAAGCAGUAGAAAAGUCGAAAUACGGAUGGUUUUGGGAAUGUCCAUCGGGACAGAAAUGUAUCUACAGACAUGCACUACCUCCUGGUUUUGUACUGAAAAAAGAUAAGAAAAAAGAGGAUAAAAAGGAUGAAAUUUCUUUAGAAGAUUUAAUUGAAAAGGAACGUGCCAACUUGGGGCCAAAUCAAACUAAAAUCACAUUAGAGACAUUUUUGGCUUGGAAGAAACGAAAGUUAAAGGAGAAGAAAGAGCAAGCUAUUAAGGAUGAAGAAAGAAGGCGAAAUGAUUAUAAAGCUGGUCGUCAAGUUGGUAUUUCUGGUAGAGAAAUGUUCUACUUCAAUCCCGAUUUGGCAGUCGGGGAUGGAAUCGAUGAUGGAGACGAAGCAAUAUCGAGUUAUGUUCGUGAAGAAGAAGAAGAUGAAGAAAGAAUUGAAUACAGAGAGCUCGACAUGGACAGGCUAGGUUUUGAAGCGAGUGAGAUUGAUAGUACUGGAAUAACUGUGGCCAGUGUAGAUCGAUUAAAAAAUAAUGAACUCGCAGAUGGUGAAAAUUCAACAGUUACUUUAGGUGAAGGUGCAGCUGCAUUAGCAAUUAAUGAAAAUCUAUUCCUUGAAGAAGAUUUGAGAGGCUUAGAGGAUGAACUAGAAGACAUAGAUUUAGAAGAGUGAUCCAAAUAUUCUGUUCAAACUUUUUCCCUUGCUGUGUGUCUUCAUUUACCUGUACUGACAUCACCAUAUUAUUCACGUUUUCACUACUAGUUUCGAAUAUACUGCCUUGUAUAUUGUUAUUUACAUUUUAUCUGCGAACAAUAUAUUUAUUCAUAUUGUAUAUAUAAAGAGCUGGUCUCGUGCAAAUUACUUUCACUUUACUUUCAACGUUCAAUGUACUUUAAUGUAAUCAUAAUUUUUUAUUUUUAAUGAUUAAAAGCAUAGUUCGCAAUUUUUUAUUAUAUUCGUUAACUGUUCAACAAUUUAUUACCUCGAGAAAGUAAAAGCGUACGCAAUUAAGUCGUUGCAAAAAUAUUGAAGAAAACCAUUAAAGGUUUUAAUGCGAUUUAUUUUCGUCAACAUUCUAAGGCAAUAACUAAAAUAACAGUUUAGUGCAGUGACGAGACUAGCAGAUGAAACAAAAUAUAUUCUAAGGUCAAGCAGUACGAGUAUUAAUAAAUUUACAGAUUUGGAUUUACUUUUACAACUACGCAUUAUCUUUAUAUACAUAGUAAGCAUGAAUAAAAUUAAAUACACAAAACUUGUAAAUUAUUACAUUUAUUGCUUUUCAAUGUAUUAACAAUGAACAACAUAAAUGAUCAUAAAUUCUUA